AGUCGUGCCUCAGUCGCGUGCUUCUGGUCCAACACUUCGCUCCUUCCCGCGCCACGCAUUACCACCUCUAAUUUGCUAAUAUUCUUUAAAGGAAAGUAAUUUGUAAAAAUGUCCGCCGCUCCUUCGCGCAACUGGGCAUCGAUGCUCAAGGAAAAGAAGACGGCCGUCGUCGUUCCCAAGACAGCCGUGGCGGUGCCCACGGAGGUGCCGACCCCCGCUGCUGUUGCUGCGCCGGCUGUGACCGCGGCGGCAGCGGUGGAACCCGCAAUGAAGGAAGAGGCAGCGCCGACCCAGUCGAUUGAGGAGCACGCGCAGUCCCCCGCCUCCGUCCCUACACCCGUCGAGGUGGCCGCCCCUGCCGUCGCCUACACCUCUUUCGGUCCCGUCUCGGUGCCGGAGUCGCUGGCGAAGCUGGUGCAGCCGAGCGAGUUCCACUUCGCCGGUGCGGUGGCGCCCCGCGCGCCGGUCGUUGCGGCUCCGCAGCCCGUCGCCGUUCAGCCGGCUCCCGCCACGUCGCCUGCGCAGAUUGCCGCUGCCGCGGCGGUCACGUCGUCGUCGGAGAUCCGCGAGCACACGCAGCGGGCGGCGCCGCAGCCUGUGUACAACCCUCCAGUCAACUAUUUCGUGCCGCAGCACAACACGGCGCGUCCUUACGGCGGCGAGCUCGGCAGCGUGCCCCGCUACUUCAACGCGGAGCGUCACUUCAACGUCGAGCAGCAGCACAGCGCGCAGCCCUACCACCCCACCUACCAGGCCUCUUACGGCAACUAUCGCGGUGGCUACAAUGGGGCGUCCUUCAGUCCGUACGACAACGUGUACUCCCAUUACUACCAGAGUCAGGGUGCGCCUUACAUGAGUGGUCGCCUGCAGGCUCAGCCGCCCUACUACCCACAGCGCAACUACCCACAGGAGCAGCAACAGCAGCAGUAA